GUACAAAUCACAUAUCUGAGCAACACUUCCGUAGAUAGUGUGUUCUUUGAUUAUGUUUUGUCUGAUCACAAUGAUGGUAAAAUGUGCGUAAGAGCACAUGUGGAGAGGAUGUGAAAGAGGAAAGAAUACAGAACAAGAUAAGGAAAUUAUGGGAUUAAAGGAUUUUCAUAUUGGAUUUGCGCUGAAUUGUUUAAAUAUCAGACUGAGUACAAUAUUGGACUCAUACGUUACUUAAAAGCAAAAUAAACAGAAAUAUGCUGUGAGCAUUUAAUAACCUUACAGUAUCCGUUCAACUGCUAUUUAUCCUUUGCCUUUCCUCCUCCAAGGGCUCAAUCCUUAAAUCACAACACUAAUCCUCAUGACUGUAUUUUUAACUCUGCCGGGGACAGAAAGAACAGCAAUGGGAUUACGGCAUCAGUAAGGUGGGGCAAAUCCCAACUCUUGAUCUUCAGUUGAGCCGAAACAAAUACAGUUGCUUUUUCUUUCUCUCUUUUUAGCUAUAUUGCAAACUCUAAAAAGCUGGAAGCAGCGGAAUAUGUUUUCUCAAUCUGUCUGGAAAUUUCCUUGAAGCUGGAAACCAAUACGCAUUUUAAAGGGAAGUGGGACUUGUGUACUCUUGGAAUGUAAAAUCUGCCCUUUUCUGCUUUUAUUUGUAACAAAAAAUUAGUCUCUUUUCAGUUCUUUAUCCAAGCAACCAUAAUAAUGGAUCAUCCAAGAAGGCAUCUGAAAAAACUUACAAAGAGACGUUCAAGUCUUUUUGCAAGUGUCAAACUUAAUGCCAGCUUUUCACAGAGUAUAGAAGAAGAAGAAUGUGCCUUUCCAUUUUCACAAGACAGCUCUGUGAAACCUUGGACGUCGAUGGACAACCUCGAUACUCCAUCACCUCAGUCAAGUGACAAAAGAGAUCAAGAAAAGAGGAAAGGCAGUGAGACGGAAGCAGCAAAAAUGCCACACCGUCAUUCAACUGUGAUCAAUGUUAAUGUAGGUGGAAAACUCUUUACCAUUCCCAAGCACCUGGCUAUCAAAUACCCUAAAACCAGAAUAGGCAGCUUAGCCCUGUGCAAAGAUCCUGUCAAGCAGCUAACGCUCUGCGAUGACUAUUGUGUGCUCACUAAUGAGUUUUUUUUUGACCGGGAUCCUACUUUCUUCCACUACAUCUUCCACUUCUAUUGUAGCAAUGUGUUAUGGGUAAUGGAGAGUCUUUGCCCUGUCAAUUUUGAGGAGGAGAUGAAGUUUUGGGGCCUGCACUUGAGGGAUGCUCCUCGCUGUUGUCGCAUUCUCUACGAGGAGAAACUAGACGAGAUAAGAGACCAGCUGAAAGUGAACAGGGAGCUUAUGGCUGAAAUCGAGCCCCAACAUGAUGAGGAGGGUUUCAAAAAAAUGUUUUUUGGUGGUAUUCGUAAAAUUCUAUGGGACCUGAUGGAGAACCCAUACUCCUCGAUGCCUGCUAAGGCCUUUGCUGUGUUCUCCAGCCUCUUUGUGCUCAUCUCCAUUGUAGCAAUGACUCUAAACACUGUGAGCGAACUGAAAGAUUAUAAAAUGUAUGGAAGAACCUACAUGGAGUGUGUGGAGAUCACUUCAAUUCUCUUCUUCACCUUUGAGUACUUCCUUCGCUUGCUGACAACUUGUGACGUCAAGCAUUUUCUGAAGAGUGCACUUAAUUUUGUAGACUUAGUGGCUGUCAUGCCUUACUUUAUCCAGCUGGUAUUUGAGGCUUUUGCUGACCAGGAAGAUGUCAAUGUCCAAGAUGAUCUGAAAACGAUGGCGAGGGUUAGCAAAGUUAGCAAAGUGCUUAAAGUUGUCAAACUCAUGAGAAUCUUUCGCAUUUUGAAACUGGCGAGGCACUCGACGGGCAUGCGGGCAUUUGGCUUCACUCUUCGCCAGUGUUUCGAACAGGUCUGCUGCCUGUUUCUGUUCAUUAUCAUGGGGAUCUUCACCUUCUCCGCCCUGAUGCACUCAGUGGAGCAGGAUGUUGUAGGAACACCGUUUAGCAGUAUACCAGAUGCCUGGUGGUGGGCAGCGGUGAGCAUCUCUACUGUGGGAUAUGGAGAUGUGGUGCCCAUUUCUUACUCCGGUCGAGUGGUGGCCUUCGGGUGCAUAUCUUUUGGUAUUAUUCUGAAUGGAAUGCCAAUCUCCAUCCUGUUUAACAAAUUUUCUGACUAUUAUGCUAAGUUGAAGGCCCAGGAGUGCACUAACACAAAAGUCCAGCAGGGUUUGAACCUCAAGAAAAGACUGCAAAGAAAAUUAGAGAACUGCUUCGAGCCCCCAGCUGAGGAUUCUGAUGAGGACAAUAGACAUCACAUUGGCCAGUGUCAUCACUCAACGUCCUUGUCACCCCGACUGCCUCGCUGCCCUUGAACAGUGAGCUCAGGUUCCCAGCCUGCCUUUAAAUCAGGAUUUAAAAGAUGGGUUAAUGCCAGGUUAAAGAAAAUUAAGCCAUUAGCUUUAAGAUGGCUUACAAAUGGC